AUGAAUGGAUUUGAGAUGUCAGAUAUGGGUUUAUUGUAUUAUUUUCUUGGUCUUGAAGUUCAUCAAGCUGAAGAUAGAAUUUUUAUUUCACAAAGAAAAUAUGCCAAGGACCUCCUUAGUAAAUUUGGCAUGCUUAAUUGUAAGCCUAUAGCUACACCAAUGAAUAUCAAUGAAAAAUUGCAGCAUAGAGAUGGGGCAGAAAUGACAGAUGCAUGGAGGUUCAGAAGCUUGUAUGGAAUAUGGUACUCUAAAGAUAUCAGUUUCAGAUUGUGUGGAUUCACUGACAGUGAUUGGGCAGGCUUGUUGGAUAAUAGGCGGAGCAUUUCAGCUAAUGUUUUCUUUCUAGGAUCAGGAAUAAUCACUUGGAGCUCAAAGUUGCAAGGAACAGUGGCACUAUCGGCUUCUGAAGCUGAGUAUGUGGCAGCAGCUUGUCAAGCUGUUUGGCUAAGAAGAUUAUUGGCUGAACUUUAA